GUUAGUCGGGUGUUUCCUCGCGAUGGAACCGGCUGGCUUUCAAUAAGAAAUUUCCCGUGGUCCCGGUGGGCGCGGGGCGUCGGGCGGUCAUUGUGAGUUCUGCCCCUCAAGCUCCUCUGGGAGUCGUGGGGCGACGGAGUCUAGCUAUCCAUUGUCAAGAAGAAAUCACUCAGGGAAACUCCUCUUCACACAAGUUACAAUGAAGGAACCUUUGGAUGGUGGCUGUGAUGCAGCAGUGACACUGCAACAGGUCCAUCUGGGCAGAAUUAAAGAAGAGCCUGACAGUGCUCAAGAGUAUGGACAAGCCCAACAGCCAAAAACUGAGGAAAGUGAUCUGAAAAUAAGCUCUGUAUUUUCAGUUACUGCCAGUCUUCUUGCUCAACAGUUGAGCACAGGUUUUCAGCUUUCUGUCCCAUCACAUGACCCGAAUAUAUCACUUUCCUCAGUGCCUGCUGCAGCUGCUCAGGCUCUUUGUUGUGGCUGUAAAAAAACCUUUUAUAAAGGGCAGACUGCAUAUCAUAAGACAGGAUCUGCUCAGCUCUUCUGCUCCAUUCAGUGCAUCGGCAGAUACUCUUCAGCUGUUUGCCAACAACUUCCUCCUAGGAGAACCUGCACAAACUGCUCCAAGGAUAUUUUAAAUCCGGAGGAUGUGAUCACAAUGAAAUUUGAAAAUUCCUCUCCUAGCAAAGAUUUCUGCAGCAAAUCAUGCCUAUCUUCUCACAAGUUAAAGAAAAAACCUGUUGUUACCAUAUAUACCAAUGGCAUUUCAACUAAGUGCAGUAUGUGUCAGAAAAAUGCUGAUAUUCGAUUUGAAGUUAAAUAUAAAAAUGUAGUUCAUGCUCUCUGUAGUGAUGCCUGUUUUUCAAAAUUUCACACUACCAACAACCUCACUAUGAAGUGUUGUGAGCACUGUGGGAGCUAUUGCUAUAGUACUUUUGGACAUUCCCAGACCCAGAAGGUUUUUAGCUCAAGUGUCACUGCAUACAAGCAGAAUUCAGCUCACAAGCCUCCAUAUGCCAUGGGGAAAUCAUUGAGACCCUCAACUGAAGUGAUAGAGACUACAAAUUACUCAGGAAAAACAGAGCUUUUCUGUUCUGUUAAUUGUUUAUCUGCUUACAGAGUUAAGAAUGUUACUUCCUCAGGUCUCCAGGUUUUGUGUCAUAGUUGUAAAACGUCAGCAAUCCCUCAGUAUCACGUAGCCAUGUCAAAUGGAACUAUUUACAGCUUCUGCAGCUCCAGCUGUGUUGUGUCUUUCCAGAAUAUAUUUAACAAGCCAAAGGAAACAAACUCUUCAGCAUUCCCAUCUCAUGGCCAAGUGGUUGCAAGUUCACCCUUGGGGUCUGCAGUGUUAGCAGGCAAAGGUGACAAGGCCUGUGACAACGCCCCCUGUUCCUUCAGCACCCCUGUCACUGACCCUGCUGCAGUUGCUCUCCACACCCUCACUGAACAAUCCCAGCAGAUGACCUUAGCUCAUACACUGAUUAAACUCAAGUGUCAGCAGUGUAACCAUCUUUUUGCCGCAAAACCAGAGCUGCUUUUCUACAAGGGAAGAAUGCUUCUAUUUUGUGGCAAGACUUGUUCUGAUGAAUACAAAAGAGAAAAUAAAGUUAUGGCAUUGUGUGACUAUUGCAAACUACCGAAAAUCAUAAAGGAGACUGUGCGAUUCUCAGGGGUUGAUAAACCAUUUUGUAGUGAAGUUUGCAAAUUCCUCUUUGCUCGAGACUUUGGAGAAAGAUGGGGAAACUACUACUGUAAGAUGUGCAGUUACUGUUCACAGACAUCUGCAAAUGUGGUAGAAAAUCGGUUGGAGGGCAAGCUGGAAGUGUUCUGCUGUGAGGAGUGCCUGACCAGAUUUACAGUACUGUUCUAUCAGAUGGCAAAAUGUGAUGGUUGUAAACGUCAGGGUAAGCUGAGUGAGUCUAUAAAAUGGCGAGGCAACAUCAAACAUUUCUGUAACCUAUUCUGUGUCUUGAAGUUUUGUCAUCAAUAUAGUAUGAAUGACUCUCUUCCGCAAAAAAGAGCAGGGAGAGAGAGAGCAAGAAGAAAGAAAGACAGACAGAAUGGGAGCACCAGGGCCUCCAGCCGCUGCAAACGAACUCCAGUAGUUUUGUUGCCGAAGCCAGCACCAGAAAUUAUUCCCAAGGCACAGACUUUGAUGGCUCUUCCUUCUGCAAGGACGGCUUCAACACCAGUUAUAACCAGUGUAGUAUCACUGGCAAAAUUACCUGCUGCCCAACCCACAGGGGACACUAAUAGUGUUUUAAAAGGUAUAGCUCCUAAAGAAGCAGCAAAGAUCAUGGAAGAUAAUGCCCAGGCAGCUCCUGUGAAAUUUCAGGCUUCUCAGCCUCUCAAGCUUCUCAAGAACAAAGGUGUAUUGUGCAAGCCAGUCACUCAGAACAAGGCUACCUCUUGUAAACCAUGUAUGCAACACAUUGGAUGCCAGACAGACUUGCCUGGCUGCAGUGCGAACUGUGAUGCAGAACCUACUUCUCCGCCUGCAAAGAAAAAGAGAGCAGGGUUUUUCCAGACUUACCAUAUGGAAUAUUUACAGUUUGGUUUUAUUAUCUGUCCUGGAUCAAUAGAGAGUUCGCCAAGGCCACAGUGUGUCAUUUGUGGAGAGAUCUUACCCAGUGAAAGCAUGACGCCAGCAAGUCUUUCUCAUCACUUGAAGACAAAACAUUCAGAAUUAGAAAAUAAACCAGUAGAAUUUUUUGAACAAAAAUCUGUUGAAGUACAAUGUGAAAACAGUUCUUUAAAAAAAUGUUUACUGGUUGAAAAGUCACUUGUGAAAGCUUCUUAUUUAAUUGCUUUCCAAAUUGCUGCCAGGAAGAAGCCAUUUGCCAUUGCUGAAGAAUUAAUUAAACCAUAUUUAGUAGAAAUGUGCUCAGAAGUUUUGGGUUCAAGUGCUGGAGACAAAAUGAAAACCAUUCCUCUCUCAAACAAUACAAUUGGAUGCAGGAUUGACAGGCUCUCUGCAGAUAUUGAAGAUCAGCUCAUUCAGAAGGUCAGAGAGUCCAAGUGGUUUGCCCUUCAGAUAGAUGAGUCAUCAGAAAUUUCAACCCUCACUCUUCUCUUGUGCUAUAUUCGUUUCAUUGAUUAUGACUGUAGUGAUAUAAAAGAAGAAUUAUUAUUUUGCAUUGAAAUGCCUUCUCAGGUCACAGAUUUUGAAAUAUUUGAACUAAUAAAUAAAUACAUUGAUAGUAAAUCUCUGAAUUGGAACCAUUGUGUUGGUUUCUGUACUGAUGGUGCUGCAAGCCUGACUGGUAGGUGGUCUCGUUUAAGGUCAAAAAUUCAAGAAAUUGCCAAGAAUACGGUAACAUUUACACAUUGUUUCAUUCACCGUGAACAUUUAGCAGGUAAAAACUUAUCUCCAUGCUUACAUGAAAUUCUCUUGCAGUCAGCACAAAUUAUAAGUUUUGUGAAGAGCAAUGCAUCGAAUUCACGAAUGUUAACAAUUCUAUGUGAGGAGAUGGGGUCUGAGCAUGUGAAUUUACCACUUAAUGCCGAAGUGCGUUGGUUAUCAAGAGGGAGAAUUUUAACAAGAUUAUUUGAAUUGCGACAUGAAAUUGAGAUAUUUUUAAAUCAAAAGCAUUCCGAUUUGGCCAGGUAUUUUCACAAUGAUGAAUGGGUUGCAAAGCUUGCUUACUUAGCAGAUAUAUUUUCACUUAUCAAUAAAUUAAACUCAAGUCUUCAAGGAACCAUGACUACUUUCUUCAGUUUGUACAGUAAAAUCGAUGUCUUUAAAACAAAGCUAAAGAUGUGGUUGAAGCGCACACAGAAGAAUGAUUAUGACAUGUUCCCUUCAUUUUCUGAGUUCUCAAGCUCAUCAGACUUAAAUGUGAAAAACAUCACAAGUGUUAUUUUUGAGCACCUGGAAGGACUUUCUCAAAUGUUCCAUUACUGUUAUCCAGCGGAAGAUGAUUUGCGUUCAGGAAAUCUGUGGGUAAUUAGUCCCUUUGCCGAUCACCAAAAUAAUAACCUCAGCCACUCUGAAGAAGAAAAGCUAGUGGAGUUGUCUUCAGAGUUAGAAUUACAGUCGGCCUUCAAGUCAAUGUCUGUGACUCAGUUCUGGAUACAUGCAAAGACAAGUUACCCAGAACUCCAUGAGAAGGCAAUGAAAGUCUUGUUGCCCUUUUCAACUGUCUAUCUGUGUGAUGCUGCUUUCUCAGCUCUGACCGAAUCCAAACAAAGAAACCUGUUGAUUUUUGGCCCUGCCCUAAGACUUGCUGUAACAUCAUUAAUUCCAAGGAUAGAAAAGUUAGUAAAGGAGAAGGAAUAGUGUCCUAUAUAUUGCUUUGAAUCAAAGUCUGCAGUUUUGCAUUCAAUUUUGUAUAAGUAUCCAAAAAUAUAAUUUCCUAAUGUGGAUUUGUGUUUUCAGUGAUUAAACGUUUUAAUAAUUU